GCACCCACCCCGGGCGGGUCUCGGGGCUGAUCCUGCAGCUUCUCCCCGGCCGGGCUGGGGAGCGGCCGGUGCCCCGUGCCAGCGCGCGGAGCCCGAGCCGCGCCGGGGGCGGCGGCGCUGCCGUGACGCACCCGCGGGCCGCGCCGGGAGCCCCGCCCGCCGCACCCAGCGCCCCCGUCGCCCCGCCCCCGCCCCGCCCGUCCCGGCUCCGUCCCGCGCCCGCCCCGCCGCGCGCAGCCGCGUCCCUCCGCCGCCGGCGUUCAAAGCGCAAUUUGUCUGUUCCGGGCCAAUCCCGGGCUGGCCCCCCCGGUGCAGCCAAUGGCGGCCGAGGCCGCGGACACCCGGCCAAUGGGAGCCGGCACCUGCCGCCGUCCGGCCAAUGGGAGCCCCGUAUUCUAAUGUGCCUCGUCUUUAUCAGAGAAAUGUUGGCGCUGCCGAAGCCAAGUUCAGUGUUCGGGGCUGGAGCCACCGCCGGGGUCACCGGAGCCACCGGCCCUGCCCAGGCAGUUCCCCCAGCCAGCCCGACAGGGUCCCAGCACCUCACAGUACCCGCCGGCCAGGGUGGACGCUGGAGCCCAGUAGCCCCCUGGCUGGUCGGGAAUGGCCCGGACGUCGCGCCCCUGGUCAGCCGGGCUCUGAGGGCCACCUUGUCGUGCAGCCAUGGACGCCAACCUGCCGGGCACCUUCCUGCUCAACGGCCCCUCACUGGGCCCCUUCCCUGAGGCCAAGGCGCCCGUCUGCCAGUACUCGGUGCAGAGCUCCUUCUACAAGCUGGGCCCUCCCGGGCUCAACGCCCAGCUGGCUGCCGGCACACCCCAUGGCAUCUCCGACAUCCUCAGCCGGCCCGCGGCGACGCCGAGCAGCAGCCUCCUCCCCGGCUACCCCCACACAGGCGGAUUUAAUGGACUGAGCUCCCCAGGUGUCUAUUACGGGCCCCAAGUGGGGGCCCUCCCCAAGGCCAGCGGCGAGUACCUGCCGCGGGGCCGGAGCUGCUGGGCAGAGGCGGCUCCGGAGUGGCGGGGCGGCCGGCAGUGCGGCGGCCCCCCUGCUCACCUCACUGACAGCAUCCACAAGAAGAAGCACACACGCCCAACCUUCACAGGGCACCAGAUCUUCGCUCUGGAGAAGACUUUUGAGCAGACCAAGUACCUGGCGGGUCCGGAGAGAGCGCGGCUGGCCUAUUCCCUUGGCAUGACCGAGUCCCAGGUGAAGGUCUGGUUCCAGAACCGACGGACCAAAUGGAGGAAGAAGAGCGCCCUGGAGCCCUCCUCAUCCUCGCAGCGGGCGGGGGGCUCUGGUGGAGAGCGGGCAGCCUCUGAGGCUGAGGACGACGAGUACAACAAACCCCUGGACCCCGACUCAGAUGACGAGAAGAUCCGGCUGCUGCUGAGGAAGCACCGCGCGGCCUUCUCGGUGCUGGGUUUGGGCACGCACAGCGGCUGAGCGCCGGCACAGCCUGCCCUCUGGGUGUUGGGCACCCGGCCUGGCCACCUGCUCCCUGCCAGGGGGUGACCUCCCAGCAGCCGCCUGGCUGUGCGGAUGGGGUGGCUGCCGCCCCUGUCCUGGCGGCUCCUGCUCGGGGGUUGCGGCUGGCAGGGCUGGCGGCAGCACACGUGGGCAGCGUCGGGCACAGCCGCGCUGUCGGUGUUGCUGAAAUAAAGGUCCCAGCCCCGGACAACUCCCAGCGCUUGCUCCGUGGCUGUGUGGUCCACGGUGCCAGGGGCUGGGAUCGCAUGUGUGGGGCAGGGUCUGUGCCGGGCAGGGGACGGGGCUGUGGCUGUGGUGCUGUAUGUGGAGCAGGAGGAGCCCACAGGAGCAGGGUGGCCCUGGGCACGUUUCCCAGGGUUUUCCCCGGUUCGGGCGUGCACCGGCUGCGAGAGGUGCUGGUUCAAAAGUCACUUGUUGGGGCCUCUUGUUGGAACCUAUUAGCAGCAAAUAAAUAUCAUUUAUCUUAACGGUGUGAGUGAGAGCCCAUUCAGCUGUCGGGGCUGCAGGAUUGAUGUGGUGUCGAUAGUCCUGGUGUGUUUGCUGCCAGCCCGGUGGCCUCCCCCUGCGCUGACCCUGUGCAGCGGGAGCCGUGCACGCGUGUGCCGCGGUUUGCACGGCCCCGGCCCCCCGUGGCUCGGCCCGGGCGCGCCGGCGGUGGGUGUCGCACCAGGCUGUCCGAAGCCGCGCGGGACGCCGGGGGCAUGGCUGCCGGUGCCCCGGGCCCAGCCAGCUCGGCAGUUGUUCAGCUGAGCACCGAGUGCCCGCCAUGUG